AAAGCGCAGUAUUUCGUGUAAGUAUAUAUCUGAUAUUAUUCUCUAAAUAUCAACAGAGUUUUAAUUCACGGCUGACUUCAGAGUUACAAAGCCGAUAUGAAUAAGAAUAUUCGCGAUUAUUUUUUGAGCCAUGGUGACAACAACAUAAUCGUCUUCGGUUGGGCACACGCUCGUUCUAUCGGUUAUAUAUCCAGUGUUGUGACUGUGCUCAAAGUGGGCAAAAAGGUCACCGACAUGCUUGAUUGUUUGGGACAGAAUCGCGGUCUCUUCCUGAGUGAUACUUCUCAAGAGUGGUGAUGCUACAUACGUUGAAUCUAUCCAAACUGAGGGUGGUCAAUUGUGUUUUCUGAGGCCAAUUGGUAAAGGUGCGAUGU